ACCGCGCCGUUUCGUUCCGAACAGGCAUGUUCACAUUAGUAUACAACUUGGCGACUUUAGUGAACUGUUAUAAUUUUAACUAUUGUUAUAUAUUAAAUCGAAGAGAAAACAGCCUUAUUUUGGAACUGUUUAUUAAAACUACGUGAAUUCGAGUAAAAAUUGUGAUAAUCUUCCUGUUGAACUUGUUAUAUUUUAUCUACUUGGUAUAGUGACAGUGUGUGCAUGUGUGAGCUCGGCUCGCGACCGCGACGUCACGUCACGCGCCGCGGCGGCUCGCACUUCGUUGUGUUCGGACAGUUUCGGAAGCACUCGGGGGAGCGCGGUUUUUUUUCUGCUUAGUACUGCUGUACUACAGGAACUCGUUUCGUUCUCGGCGACUCGUUCAUUGUUACUACAUAUAACAUCUUGCGCCUCGUCCUGUUAUAGUCAAUGGCUGGCAAAGGCAAACUAUUAGAAGAGAUACACCCCGUGGAUAUAAUUCACGAGGUGCAAAAGUGGCCGGCAUUAUAUAGGAAAGACGGCUCAGAAAGGGCUAAUGCACAUUUAAAAAAUAAAAUUUGGAAUGAAAUAGCGAAAUCUUUAUUUCCUGACUGGGACUCGUUUCCAGAGUACGAAAAAAUAUCUAAAGUUACAGAUUUAACGAAGCGGUGGCGGAACCUAAAGGACACAUUCAAAAAGCAGUUGUCAGAAAAGAAGAGCAAAUCAGGGCAGUUAAAGAAGAAGAAGUACGUAUACUUCAAGCACCUAUCGUUUUUGCUGCCUCACAUCGCGGCGAACGAUGGCUCUCAGGAGGAGUCGCAGCCGCGCCACGGCAAUACGCAGGACGGGACGGACUCCGAGGGCCAGUCAACCACCUCAUACGCUUGCGAACAGCACAUAGACGAGGACAAGCAUUUCCUGUUGUCUCUGGUGCCCUCCUUCAAACGGAUGACCGACGAAGAGAAGUUGACCGCGAAGGUGGACAUACUGAACGUAAUAAAAUCGGUGCGGAGUAGAGCUGGUGCAAGAUCGAGGCGGCCCGAGCCCGCGGGCGGCUCGCUCGCGUGCGACGUCACCCAGUAUGUGGAAGCCAGUGAGUUUGCUGCCAUGGGAACCGACAUAGGUAUUAAAGAGGAGGAUACGAGUGAGGCUAUGAGUCUAAGCGGCGGUAUCGUGUACGAGCCCGGGAGCUCGACCGACUGUGAUUAACUAUACACAGUAACAUAGGAAGUGACUGACUGACUCAUUAACGCACAGCCAAAACUAUUAAAAUAGGUAUUAAUAAAUUAUGACAGUAAUUUCCUUUUAAAACCUACAGAAGCAAUAAAGAAUGGAUUUUUUUUAAAUUCAGUCCCUAAGAGUGUAAAUAUAAGAACGGUUAAGAAAAAUGUUAUGCAAACUGUAUUGCUGUAUUUGUUUACCGAUAGCUAAUUAAAAUUUAAUAGAUAUACUCUUAAAUGUAACUAAAUAAACUGAAUUUUAGUAUUUUUCAAAAUUCAGUAAGUUAUUUCUGUAAGAGUAGUAAGUAGUUACUUCUGUAAGAGUAAAAAAAAAGGAUGAAGUACACAAAAAUAUCCUUAUGGACUCAUCAAAGCACAGCCGAAACUACUAACGUUAGAAAUACGAGUACCAAAUUGUAUAGAGACAAUAUUUCCUUGUAUGAUCUACAAAUGUAAUAAGAAAGGAUUAUUUAAAAUUCAACCUCUAACGGUGUAAUAAUAGGGGUGUAAGUGUGUAGGAGAA